AUGUGGAAGAAUUUAACCGUGGAGGAAAGCCAGAGGCUUGCCCGCGAAAAUGCUAAAGAUAUAAUUGCUUGUGGUUUUGAUGUUUCAAGGACGUUUAUAUUUUCCGACUUUGAUUAUGUUGGAGGUAAUCUCGUUUUUCCUAAUUUGCAAAUAUGCUUACAGUGCUUGGAUUUAUUCUGCAGUGCCUUCUACAAGAACAUGGUCAAGAUUGCAAAAUGUGUGACUUACAACAAGGUGACUAUUGGUAUAUUUGGUUUCACUGGUGAAGAUCACAUUGGAAAAGUGAGCUUUCCGCCUGUUCAGGCAGCUCCGUCUUUUCCAAGUUCUUUUCCACAUCUGUUCGCUGGUAAAGAUAAAAUCCGUUGCUUGAUUCCAUGCGCAAUUGACCAGGAUCCUUACUUCAGAAUGACACGGGAUGUUGCUCCUCGAAUUGGCUAUCACAAGCCUGCUUUGAUUGAGUCGUCCUUCUUUCCAGCUCUUCAGGGAGAGACUGGAAAAAUGUCGGCCAGUGAUCCAAAUUCUGCUAUAUAUGUCACUGACUCUGCCAAGGACAUUAAAAACAAGAUAAACAGAUAUGCAUUCUCUGGUGGGCAAGAUUCAAUAGAGAACCACAGAAAGUACGGAGCAAACCUUGAGGUAGAUAUUCCGAUUAAGUAUCUCGGCUUUUUCUUGGAGGAUGAUAGUGAACUCGAGCACAUCAGAACAGAAUACGGUGCUGGGCGUAUGCUAACAGGUGAAGUGAAAAAACGGCUUAUUGAAGUUUUGACCGAACUGGUCGAAAGACAUCGCAGGGCACGAGCUGCUGUGACUGAUGAGAUGGUAGAUGCAUUCAUGGCGGUCAGGCCACUUCCAAAUAUGUUCAGCUGAAUUUGGCAAAGCUUUUUUAUAUGAGCUUGUAAUGUCUGAUAAAAGAGUUGGUCCUCAAAAUUGUUUUUUACCAAAAAAUCCAAAUUUUCUUCAUUUUAACUUCUUUAUGAAUGAGAUUAUGAUUCAUGUUAGGGAAUAUUUAUCUCAGCUAUUUGCAUAAAUGAAAAAGAAACAAUUAGAGUGACAAAUGGCUUAGGCCUGUAGCAUUACUUGAAAAACAAAUGUAAAACAGUGUGAUAUAAAAAGUUCAUACAAGUAUAAAUUGGGUGAAAUGUCUAUCUAAUUUUUCAACUAUA